CGAAAUCAUUACAAGUAAGAUUGGAUCAUAUUUGUAGGAUGUUUUUGGUAUUUGCCUUAUUCUAAUGUUGUGGUGUUUGAACUUGGUCUUGUAUAACAGUGACAUAUUGGUUAGUCUUGAUGGCGGGGUUCUUCCCUUGCUCCGUGAAGAUUUGGUCCAGCUUUUGCCCAAGACCAAACUUUCAACAAGGGUGAGUUCCUUUAUGUGUGUAAUUUAGUAGAUUGAACUUGUAUUGCUGACUUUGGUAUAUGUGAUGAUGAUGCAUUAGAUUAUAGAAAUGGUGUGUUUGUGCAAGACACUAGAAGAACGAAGUUGUGGUCACAGUGGUGGCUUGUGUUGGUUCUUUCCACCUUCAGUUUUGGAUCGUGCGUAUCAUUGCAACGAGGAGCAAUUUAUGGCUACCAUGGGUUCAUAUAAGAUACUUGAGCGAUACCGUAUAAAUGAGCUACUUUACUGCAGUAAUGAACUCAUAACCAAGAAUAUGAUGCAAGGAUACAGAAACUGGUUUGCUGCUUGUCUUGUUCUUCAAGUUUUCAAACUUGACUUAUUG